UAAAUUUAACCUCUCAAGCCAAAUCCCUCUCGAUCACACUCUCCCCGAGGCGUGAUCUCAUAACACCGUCAAAAUUUUCUCCACACUUCUUAACUCGUGAGUGCCCGCGCCCCACCCCCGGAUUGCUGUCAACGGCAGCUUCGUGUUGGCCCGGAACAGCAAUUGGACCUUCCCUCCACACAAAUUCUCCUCUACCAUGACUUCCAAAGCUGACUGACUGUUUUCUUCCUAGACGGCACCACCCGUUCAACGGCCGGCGCUCAUCCAACCGUGGUGGAGCAUCGGACUGCGCAUAUCACAUUCAGUAAACGCUUACUUUGCCCAUUUCUAAUUACUCUCUGUUCCCGAAACGCUUCCGAUCCUCUGUCAAUACAAUGGCUCCCCACGCUAGUUCGGAUGUUGUUGCCAAUGGCGCCGUGAACGGGUCUGCUCGUGCCGCUCCUUUGUUUACCGUUAACUCGCCCAGUGUGGUGUACACCGAUUCCGAGAUCAAAAGUCAGUAUGUGUACCACACCACCGAGGUCACCCGCUCGCCCGACAACAAGCUUGUGGCUACUCCCAAAGCUACCAACUACCACUUCAAGGUCGACCGCAAGGUGGGCAAGGUUGGUGUCAUGAUGGUCGGCUGGGGUGGAAACAAUGGCUCCACCGUCACUGCUGGUCUCAUUGCCAACCGCCGUGGGCUCAGCUGGGAGACUCGCGAGGGCAUGCGUGCCUCCAACUACUAUGGGUCUGUGGUGAUGAGUUCUACCAUCAAGCUGGGCACUGACGCCAAGACUGGCGAGGAGAUCAACAUCCCUUUCCACGACAUGCUGCCCAUGGUGCACCCCAAUGACCUGGUGGUGGGUGGUUGGGACAUCAGCAGCAUGAACCUGGCGGAUGCCAUGGAUCGUGCUCAGGUUCUCGAGCCUAGUCUCAAGCAGCUGGUGCGCAAGGAGAUGGCCGAGAUGAAGCCCCUGCCCAGCAUCUACUACCCGGAUUUCAUUGCUGCCAACCAGGAAGACCGGGCGGACAACGUGCUGGAGGGAUCCAAGGCCUGCUGGGCUCAUGUUGAACAGAUCCAGAAGGACAUGCGUGAGUUCAAGGCGCAGAACGGUCUCGACAAGGUCGUGGUCAUGUGGACUGCCAACACUGAGCGGUACGCCGACAUUGUGCCAGGCGUCAACGACACCGCCGACAACUUGCUGGCGGCCAUCAAGGAUGGACACCUUGAGGUCUCUCCUUCCACUGUCUUUGCUGUGGCCUGUAUCUUAGACAACGUUCCUUUCAUCAACGGUUCUCCUCAGAACACCUUUGUUCCUGGAGCCCUUCAGCUGGCUGAGAAGUACGGAGCCUUCAUUGGCGGUGACGACUUCAAGUCCGGCCAGACCAAGAUGAAGAGCGCCCUGGUGGACUUCUUGAUCAAUGCGGGUAUCAAGCUCACCUCGAUUGCCAGUUACAACCACCUGGGCAACAACGACGGCAAGAACCUGAGCUCGCAGAAGCAGUUCCGCUCCAAGGAGAUCUCCAAGUCGAACGUGGUGGACGACAUGGUUGCUGCCAACAAGAUUCUGUAUGCGGAGGAUGAGCACCCGGACCACACCGUUGUGAUCAAGUACAUGCCGGCUGUUGGAGACAACAAGCGUGCGUUGGACGAGUACUAUGCCGAGAUCUUCAUGGGAGGACACCAGACGAUCAGUCUGUUCAACAUCUGCGAGGACUCGCUCUUGGCCUCUCCCUUGAUUAUUGACCUGGUCUUGGUGGCGGAGAUGAUGACUCGUAUCAGCUGGAAGGCGGACGAGGCUGAGGAGUACCGUGGGUUCCACAGCGUUCUGAGCGUGCUGAGCUACAUGCUCAAGGCGCCCUUGACUCCUCCUGGCACCCCCGUGGUCAACUCGCUGGCUAAGCAGCGCAACGCGCUGACCAACAUCUUCCGUGCUUGUGUGGGCCUGCAGCCCGAGUCGGAGAUGACCCUGGAGCACAAGCUUUUGUAGCUGUGCCUGCAUUUAUUAUCAUUGGAACCAACUUUAGUCACUCCUUAAUACAUUGAUACGUACAUUGAUACACA